AUACAAAUCCAAUUUAAUAUUCAUUCCCAAAACGUAAGAGCUUUUUAGUGGAAAGGCAUGAGAGGUUCAAGAACAGCAUCUUCAGACAUGAGUGCUUGGUGUUCUGCUGUUGUGUUGUUGUCUCUAAUACUUUUGUUAUCUGUUCGUGAAAACAACGCUUCCAACUCGGUCAGAGGGUCUCAGUUCUCAGAGAAACCUUGUGAGGAGAUUUACGUCGUCAGAGAAGGAGAAACGCUUCAUACCAUCGGCGAUAAAUGUGGCGACCCGUUUAUAGUUGAGCGAAACCCGCAUAUCCACGACCCUGACGAUGUUUUCCCAGGUCUUGUUCUCAGGAUUGCACCUUUUUACUUCUCCAGAAAAGUGUAAGAUAUAUAUAUAUACAAAGAGUUAUUUUGUUUUUUUCUUUAAAUUUUGUUUGAAGCAUACGUUUUUCCUUUGUAAUUAGUAUGUAUUUUAUGUAUAUAUACUAAAAGAAUUCCGAAACAAAUACAUAUAUUUGAAAGAAACAGAGCAAAAGCAGAGUAUACAGUGAGUUUGCUUAUUCAUGUUUUGAGGUGUUAAAUGUUCAUUUUGACAUGUUUUGUGGUGUACACGAUAUUAGUAAAUACUU